GAUUUCAUGCAACUUCAAGACAAAAGGCAAACUCACUUAAACUGAUGGAGUGUCCACAUCUGGAAGAAAAUGUGAAGAUCAAGAGAGACCAAGUCUUGCAGCAUUCCAAGUUGUGGAAAUGUGAAGUGUGCCGCACCACCGACUCGCCCUGGCUGUGCCUGCACUGCGGCUUCGUCGGCUGCGGGCGGUAUGUGUCGGGCCAUGCUAAGCGCCACCAUGAGCAGCGCGACAGCCACGCCGUCUGCAUCGAGUGCCGGCAGCUGUCGGUCUUCUGCUAUGAAUGCGACGACUUCGUCUUCAACGACACGGGCGGUGGCGCCAUAGACCGGGUGCGGGGCGCGCUGUCCACCGUCCACUCGGCCGAGGCCAAUGGUGACGUCAUCGUGCGGCCACCUAGCGGUCGAAAACGGAAAAGAAACCGGCUGGUGGUCUCUGAGAGCGAGGGCGAGGCCGAGAACCGCGUGGGUAAGCGGCCGGCGCGGCGCCGGGGCCGCUCGGCCGACCCCCAGGGUGCGCAGCGGCCCGGCUGCUCCGCCGGCCUGCGCAACCUCGGCAACACGUGCUUCAUGAACGCCGUCCUGCAGUCGCUCAACAACAUCCAGGAGUUCCGUAGCUACAUGAAGGAGCUGCCCGACCUGGCCGACAUCAUCAAGGUGCGCGUGCAGAACGGCAGGAGCAAGAUGCCCGGCCAGGUGACGCGCAGCACCCGCGACCUGAACGGCGAGCUGAUGACGGAGGAGCUGCGCAAGGUGCUGGUAGAGCUGAGCACCGCCUCCGGCGCCAUCUCGCCCGAGGCGCUCUUCUCGGUGAUCUGGAAGGUCGUGCCGCGCUUCAGGGGGUACCAGCAGCAGGACGCGCACGAGUUCCUGCGCUACAUGCUGGACCGGCUGCACACGGAGAUGCUGGCGCUGUUGCCGGACAUGCGGGAGCCGCGGCCGGUGGCUGGCCCGCCGCCCUCGCCCGGCAAACAAUCGGUCGUGACGUCCGUCUUCGGCGGCACGCUCCAGAAUGAGGUGACGUGUCUGAUCUGCCGGACUGAGUCGAAGAAGCAGGACCCGUUCCUGGACCUGUCGCUCGACAUCCCGGACCGGUUCCUGCAGCAGCGGAAGCCGAAGGACGCCGAGCCGCCGCCCGCCUGCUCGCUGGCCGACUGCCUGGACCUCUUUCUGGACGUGGAGGAGCUGGCCGACACCGAGCUGUACCAUUGCAACACGUGCAAGCAGCGUCAGAAGUCGACCAAGAAGUUCUGGAUCCGGCAGCUGCCGAACGUGCUAUGCGUGCACGUGAAGCGAUUCCGCUGGUGCAACAACUACCGGACCAAGGUGGACGUGCCGCUGACAUUUCCGGUGCGCGCGCUCGAUAUGUCGCCGUACCUGCUGGGCCGGCGCCACGAGACGCGCCGUUCCGCCGCCGGCCGCCAGCUGUACGACCUGGCCGCCGUGAUCGUGCACCAUGGCUCGGGCGCCGGCUCCGGCCACUACACGGCCUUCGCCAGCAACGCCGGCGCGUGGUACCACUUCAACGACAGCACUGUGCGGCGGGCGGAGGAGGAGCAGGUGGCGCGGUGCAAGGCCUACAUCCUCUUCUACAUCCGGCGCGAGUUCAAGCUGCCGCAGCCGGUCUCCUGAGAGCGGCGGCCGCUAGGCGCGUCGGGGCGGGGGCGGCGGCGGCCCCCAGCGCGGUGUUCGCGGCUUGACGGCCGGGCAGUCGGCGCGUGCCUGCUCUCUCCGUAGGUAGCAGUCGGCGGCUGUUCUUUUUACCUUGGAUUUACCUCGUAUGAUUAUGUCUCUGAUCGUGUGUUGAGCGGCGGAGAGGGCGGUGGAGAGAAGUUUUCUGCUCAUUUGCUACUGGUCUACUCAGGUAGUGAAUACAUUAC